CUUGACCGACCAUGCUGUGGGAAUAAAACGUACGGUAGCCAAGACGACAUGCAAGCCCUCCCACAGCUAUGUCGUCGCGCCUACAUUCGCCCCAACCUUGGAUGCCGGUCUCUAUCAGGUCGAAAUGGCUUCGAUACUCUGCGACCGUUCUCGUCGUCUGCGAGUUUACGAGCCGCUCGAAAGCCUCCUAACAUGAAGCCGGUCCGGAAUCGACAGAAUAAUCUCACACGGCUCAACAAGGGUCCAAGCCCGCUUGACAAUUACUACAUAACACUCGCCCUCGGGCAAAAGCUCACCAAGCUGGGCUUUCGCUCUAUUCCGACUGUAGUCAAACUGUUCAACCAUCACCGCGCGGAGCUGCAGAGAGCCAAAAUCCUGCAUGACCGUGCUGUUCCUGUGUCUCUGCACAACAGCCAGUGGACCCGCACCUACGAGGAAGCACUCACCUCAGAUGAGGUCGCGCUCGUGCUGAACCCUAGUAUCCUUCCGCACAUCUUCGAGGCGUUUGGUGAAGCCGAUUUUCACCGACAAAAUGUCGGCAAGUUUGCUCAGCUAGGCUACUACUCGCUCUGUUGUGCCUUCGAGGCUGGCGACCUCGAGGCGGCCAUCAAGGUCGCAUUCAUCGAGCAUCAAUCGAAAAAGGUUUCGAGCAAAGUGUCCGGGUUCAUCAAACAACAUGCCGCAAAGAGGAGCGAUUGGCGCACGAUGUCCCUAUGGUGUGAGCUAGCCACGGAGAUGUCGCAUUCCAAGGAGGGUGCUGAGGCCAAUUACCUGCUGGCGAAGGAGCUCGACACCAUCCUAGAACCCAGCAACCGUCCAAUGUCUAGAGCUGAGAUGUUUGAACGGUAUAGACCGACGUGGAGUUUAGUUCACGACUCAGCAAAUCACUACCUAUCGCAUUUCGACAGGGAUGAUCCAGAAGGAGACCCAGUACAAAAGGAUCUCGACAAUGCCAUCCGCGACGGUGUGAAGAAGUGGAAAGACCCCAAGGCGGCACACGAACUUCUCCUCCUGCCAGGCGAGGUCAAAAAGUUCUCGGACCGAUGGCUAUCCCUGCUGACGAUGUCUGCGAUGGAAGGGAGUGCCGAGCAUUGUGUCAGGCUCGCCCUGUAUCACCUGGGCAAAGACGGGUGGCUCAAUCACCAUCUCGACGAAAACGACGAUUGGGUUGUGUCUGAUCGCAAAGAUAAACCAAAGAACUGGAUCGGCAUCGAGUGGCUCGGAUUGAGCGCAGCUUUGGAGAACGCAGACGCCAGUCUCAAGACACGGAGGUAUCUCAGACUCGCACUCCUGCUACGUGAGCAUGGGCUGGAGAAGGACGCCAUGCCAUGGCUUACUGCUGCCAAACACGACCUUGAAGAUCAGGGCCUCGACACCGAUAGAGAGUGGAUUGAAUAUAUCGAUGGAUUCGAACAACAUUGGUACAAUGAGGAAUUCAUGACCAGAACAUCAGAGGAGGAUUGGUUCCUUGAAGAUUUUGAAGUCGAAAGCAAAAAUAAUGCAGGAGAAAUGCUCCAAAAGGGUUAAGGAGGCGAAACCAUUCACAUUAUAUUGUUAUCCACACCACACCGUCAUCAUCAUCAUCAUCGCCACCACCACCAGGGGUGCAGAGUUUGAGCAAGAAUCAUUCUCGUCGGCGAACAGGCAGUACUUUUUUGAGCAAUGGAAAUGAACUUGGCAUUCAGGUUCUAAAAGUUCAAGGCCUUCUCACUGAAGUCGUGGUAGUGUAGAGCCCACUCUUCAGUUGUGCCGCGACAUGGACCGAAACUUUUCUCGAGACGGACUUUGCAAAAGAGGGAAAGAUGACUUGUGAAAUCAAGUAUACUACCACUUGCUACAUUGCAAGGUCACCUGCCAGAGUGAAUGGGUCCACGGCUGGAGUGAUGUACCAUUUUACUCCCAUUGUACAAAACACGUUACCAACAUUGUUGAGAUGAGACGACACACGAGACGGGGAAGCCACCACAUUUUUGUCACCCAAUGGUUGGAACACCGUUGAGUUUCGUUCGGAAACACUGCACAUACCCUGACAGGUAGCGGUGAUCGAAAGAGCCAUUUGAGCUCUCCCUUUUUUUUUGUGAUAUCGACGAACUUGUGUCAGGAAUAUGGAUGGGAUG